AGAAACUUCAUGCUUUUCUUUACUAACAAGCGACACUGGGAAACCAUGCGGUUUAGCAUCUUCUUCAUCGUCCUCCUGGGCUUCCUCUACCUCACACUGGCACAAGAUGAGGACUGCUGCCUGCAAUACAUCAAGAAAAUAAACCUGUCCAUGAAGAACAGAGUGACCAGCUACAGAAAACAAGAGCUGGACGGCCGCUGCCACAUCCCAGCUGUUGUCUUCUUAUUGGACCAUGGUGGUGUGAUUUGCACUGAUCCAAAGGAAACAUGGGUCCAUGAUCUGAUGCGGAGGGUGGACGGACUGUCAGGAGGGUCAUCGGUGAGGAGGAAGGUGCGCAGUAGUGGAUCCAGGUUUAGACGAUCUGAGCAGCCACUUGAUGAGAACCAACCGAGCGCUGACCCGAACCUGCUCGAACCUACUAAAAGUGUCAGAAUGGCUAUACCUUUCAGACGUCCGGGACGUCCCAGACCUCCAUGUCAAACCUCGUCCCAGACCUCAAACUUAUAUGUCCCAUACAUCAUUUUCCCAGACCCUUCUGAAACCUCCCAGUUCAGCAAUGUGCACAGAAUCCUAGUACUGGGAAGAAACUUCAUGCUUUUCUUUACUAACAAGCGACACUGGGAAACCAUGCGGUUUAGCAUCUUCUUCAUCGUCCUCCUGGGCUUCCUCUACCUCACACUGGCACAAGAUGAGGACUGCUGCCUGCAAUACAUCAAGAAAAUAAACCCGUCCAUGAAGAACAGAGUGACCAGCUACAGAAAACAAGAGCUGGACGGACGCUGCCACAACCCAGCUGUUGUCUUCUCAUUGGACCAUGGUGGUGUGAUUUGCACUGAUCCAAAGGAAACAUGGGUCCAUGAUCUGAUGCGGAGGGUGGACGGACUGUCAGGAGGGUCAUCUGUGAGGAGGAAGGUGCGCAGUAGUGGAUCCAGAUGUAGGCGAUCUGAGCAGCCGCUUGAUGAGGAACAACCGAGCGCUGACCCGAACCUGCUCGUACCUACUAAAAGUAUCAGAAUUGCUAUACCUUUCAGACGUCCCAGACCUCCGGGACGUCCUAGACCUCCGGGACAACCCAGACCUCCGGGACGUCCUAGACCUCCGGGACAACCCAGACCUCCGGGACGUCCCAGACCUCAGGGAUGUUGAAGACCUCCGGGAUGUCCCAGACCCUUCUGACCUCCCAGGCCAGACACCGUUAUCAAAACUGUAAAUCAAAACAAAAUUGUAUGCAAAACUGUACAGAUUCCUGUGUAAAGUCAAUAUUUUACUCAAAUUAAAAACAGUAAUGA